AUGGAGUUAAGUCAAGAUUCGGCGACCCAAAACCGGCGCACCGCUGAUCAUGCUAUUAACGAUCCCUCUGAGCCCAGGACGCAAAAUGAUGACAACACAACAUCAUUUUCCCAGCCAUCCUGCAAGGCAGAUGACUAUGAGGAAUCGACGAAUGCGCCUACAUCUGUAGAAGAUACCCCCGCCGUAAAACCAAAGUCGCCUCCAAUCCCUGUAGAGGAAACCUCUAAGGCGGUAAAUGGCGACAUUGCGUAUAAACGAGCUUCGAACAUUCCUUCAUCUUGCAGUGCGAGUGCGGAUAGUCAACAUCGUCGCGGCACUAGUGCUAGCAAUGUAGACCCUUCGGACAGAGUGUUCCCCAUUCGCUCUGUGGUUAGUGUCGACCAGUCGCAACAAACGCCCCUUACAUUGGUAAAAAAUCUUGGAGAACAAGGUUAUAUAGCCCGCCAAGGGUCGACUUGGGACGGCCGGCGACGACCAAGCAGUGCUCGCCUUUCGAUAGACACGACUGAUGGACUUAAAAGAAUUGAAACUGUGUCUACUCCUGUCUCGUCGUCUCUAGGACCAUCGAAGGAGAAAGAUGGUGUAGAAAAGCCAAAUAAGGAAGAAACACAUGCUGCUAGUCCGGCCCCCAAAUUGAAACGGGAUGUCCCUGCCGGCCCGUUUUCUAUCUUCAAUGAUGCAUCUUCGGACGUUUCCGAUAAGACGAAGAGCAGUACGCCUUUGAAUACUGAAGGGAGUAACCCUGAUGGUUCUUCCGGACGUAGAUCGCCUGGAGAAUUAAAUGAUACGUUAAUGACAGCCCGGUUCCGCCACGUGAUUACAGAGGAAGGUCAUGCUGUCAUUACUGGACGCGACAGUAAACUACAGCGAUGUGAAGAUGAGCCGAUCCAUACCCCUGGAGCUGUCCAGGCCUUCGGCCUUCUUGUCGCUCUUGGGGAGGAAAACGAUGGCCGGCUCACUGUUCGAUGCGUUAGCGAAAACUCCAAGAAGAUGAUUGGGUUCUCACCACAGGAGUUGUUUCGACUUGAGAGCUUCACCGAUAUUCUGACUGAAGAGCAGACUGAUAAUCUUCUGGAUCAUAUCGAUUUCAUCCGAGAUGAAGAAGCUGACCCGGCCACCAACGGACCUGAUGUAUUCAGUAUAUCUAUACGGCCGCCUCAUAAGAAGUCUAUAAAGCUAUGGUGUGCAAUACAUAUCAAUGCAAGCCAUCCCGAGCUGAUAAUCUGCGAGUUUGAGCUUGAGGAUGACCAAGAGCACCCCCUCCGGCCGGCUGAUGAGCCGACAUCAGGUGGGCCCCAGGAUACUCUCUGCCAAACCCCAACGAUGGAGGAACUACACGAAAGUACCGAAACUAGCAGCAGACCCUUGAGGAUUCUUAGAAGCGCACGAAAUAGACGUGGUGAAGCUAGUGCCAUGCAGGUUUUUGAUAUAAUGUCCCAAGUCCAAGAUCAGUUGGCAUCCGCGCCAAAUUUGCAAAUGUUCCUCAAAAUAUUGGUGGGAAUCGUCAAGGAACUCACUGGAUUUCACCGGGUCAUGAUCUAUCAAUUUGACGCGGCAUUUAACGGAAAAGUUGUGACGGAAUUGGUUGAUCCUGUACAGACUCGUGAUCUUUACUAUGGGUUACAUUUCCCAGCUUCUGAUAUCCCGAAACAAGCGCGAGAUCUAUACAAGCUUAAUAAAGUCCGGUUACUUUACGACCGAGACUUAGAAUCUGCAAGGCUAAUUUGUCGAUCUCCUGAGGACUUAGGAAGGCCGCUCGAUCUCAGCCAUGCCUAUCUUCGAGCCAUGUCUCCGAUCCACCUGAAAUACCUUGCUAAUAUGGCCGUCCGGUCCUCUAUGUCCAUAUCCAUUAACGCCUUCAACGAACUAUGGGGACUUAUUGCAUGCCAUAGCUACGGUUCUACCGGAAUGCGAGUUCCGUUCCCGAUUCGAAAACUAUGUCGGCUAGUGGGCGAUACGGCAUCGCGAAAUAUCGAGCGACUCUCGUACGCGUCACGCCUUCAGGCAAGGAAACUUAUCAAUACUAUGCCGACUGACAAGAACCCCUCAGGGUAUAUUACCGCGUCAUCUAAUGACCUUAUAAAGCUAUUUGACGCAGAUUUUGGUUUGCUAUCCAUCCGGGGCGAGACAAAAAUACUGGGGAAGAUUGAACAGUCCCAAGAAGCCUUGGCCAUGUUAGAGUAUCUACGUUUGCGAAAAUUCACCUCCGUAUUGACUACUCAGGAUAUCCGUGAGGAUUUUCCCGAACUCCACUACCCUCCCGGGUUUUCAGUUAUCGCCGGUCUAUUGUACGUUCCGCUAAGUAUGGGCGGAAACGAUUUCAUUGUAUUCUUCCGCAAAGGUCAAGUCAGAGAAGUAAAAUGGGCAGGUAAUCCGUACGAAAAAUUCAUUCGCCAGGGUACUUCGAGUUAUCUGGAACCGCGAUCAAGCUUCAAAGCAUGGAAUGAGGUCGUCGUUGGCAAAUGCAGGGAGUGGUCCGAAGAGCAGGUGGAGACUGCUGCCGUCCUCUGUUUAGUAUAUGGUAAAUUCAUCGAGGUCUGGAGGCAGAAAGAGGCUGCGUUGCAGAACAGUCGACUUACUCGACUUCUGCUUGCAAAUUCUGCCCACGAGGUUCGCACUCCACUGAAUGCAAUCAUCAAUUGUUUAGAGAUUGCUAUGGAGGGGCAACUCGACCAGGAGACUAGAGAAAAUUUGGCAAGAUCUCACUCAGCAUCUAAAUCGCUCAUCUAUGUGAUCAAUGACCUCCUUGACCUCACCAAUAUGGAAGAGGGUCAAGAGUUGAUCAAAGACGAUAUAUUGGACUUGCCAGCCUGCAUCCGCGAAGCGACGGAGCCCUUUAAAGUAGAUGCUAAGCGAAAAGCUUUGUCCUACGAACUCAUUGAACACCCUGGUCUCCCCCGAUAUGUCCAUGGCGACUAUCGUCGAGUACGUCAGGUAGUGGCAAAUAUAACAGCAAAUGCCAUGCAGCAUACGAGCGAAGGUUCAAUAAGGGUUGAAUCAUACGUCACCGAGGUUCUCGAGUCACGCGUUAAAGUUGAAAUUGUUGUUCAAGAUACAGGUCGCGGUAUGAGCAACGAAAAGUUAGAUGAUCUCUUUCGAGACCUAGAGCAAGUUAGCUUAGAUGUGGACUCAUAUACUUCUGUUGAUGGCACCGAGAAGCCAGAGAAUGACCGCUCGCUAGGCCUAGGUCUCGCCAUGGUUGCGAGGAUAUUGCGGAAUAUGAAUGGCCAACUGCGACUAAAAUCUGAAGAGGGGAAAGGAUCAAGAUUCGUCAUCCAGCUUCCUUUUGAAUUGCCGAAAGGUGAAUCGCUGGAGAAAGUCGACGAUGUCGAUGCAGCUGUUAACCCUAAAGCUAUUUCGAGUACCGCUCCUAUCGUCAAAGCUUUCCCCUUAGCUGAUGCAAAUGAGGUUAUGCUCGUUGACCGAAAGAAUUCCCUUCCAAUCAACGUGUCGAGACAUACGAACGCUGAAAGGCGGAGCUUCGGCGAGGCUAAGAGUGCCAGUAGUAUAAAGAGCGGCACUAGCAACAGUGCUCAUAGCAAUAAGAGUGAUGCGGAGCGCCUAAUUAACGCAAUUCAGACACCCUUAUCAAUAGGGAGCCUCGAGGAGAGGGCUGCUAGCAUACAACGCUUGAAUUUCAAGGAACGGCAAGAUAACAUUCACGCUGGUGCUGCUCUUUUGUCGGGAUCGGGUGCGAUUAACCCACCAGCCAUUGACGGUAUCGACCUUGAGCAGCCAGUUAUGGGUCCGACUAAACCUCUCACACCCAGGGGUCAGUAUCAUGUUACAGAUACCAGGACGUCCAUAAAACCUAUCAGGGUGCCAGAUGAAUAUUUCGAUAAUUUAGGAGCGUCGUCGACUGCCACUACAUCUCGAGUACUGCUCGGGACUGAUGGCAACGCUAAGGGUAACGAGGAGCAAACGGGUAAACUACAGGUCCUCGUAGCUGAGGAUGAUCCCAUCAACAUGAAGAUACUCCAAAGACGUCUAGAGAAAGCUGGACAUGAAGUAUAUCAUGCGGUCAACGGCGAAGAUUGCGCUACUGUUUAUAAAGAAAAGCCAGCUAGCUUUGAUGUCAUUCUUAUGGACAUGCAAAUGCCUAUUGUCGAUGGCCUUACUAGUACUAAGAUGAUACGAGCGUUUGAGAAGUCAGACAAGGGCUUAGAGCCUUCAUAUUUAACGGCUAGCAAUGAGAGAAUCCCUAUCUUUGCUGUCUCGGCGUCUCUAGUGGAGCGGGAGAGUCCGAUUUAUGUUGAAGCCGGGUUUGACGGCUGGGUUUUAAAGCCGAUCGAUUUCAAGAGGCUUAACGUCUUGCUUGACGGAAUUACUAACGACGGGGUUCGCGCCGAAUCUCUUUACGUACCUGGUAAUUGGGAAAGAGGAGGAUGGUUCUCCUUUGAACCUGGUGGCAAGAUCAGUCGGUCUUAG